ACAUAAGAGAUGAAUACAUAGGUAAACGUACAGGAGCUGCGGCUGCGACUGUAGCGAAGAAAUUUGGUAAAUAUGUGGAAUGACCUCACUUUUUUCUAUCUUAGAGGAGUUAGCCCCCACACUACCUGACCUUCGCCCGCCGGGUUUUCCCUCCGCGCACCAUGAGCGCAGGCGGCGCCCCUUUCCCCUUUCGUUGGGUCUUUUCGCGUUUGGUCGCGUGUGCUGGUCGGUGCUGGCUUCACCAGCGAGGCCAAUCCUUUGGGCUGUUUACGCUGCUCCGCGUGAGUGGGUGACUGAACAUAUCUCAGCCACAGGCUUGGCGCGCGUUUCCGCAUGCAGUGGCUUUUGGCUUCGUUCCUCGACGGGCUCGAGGUUGGGCGUAUUUUCUUCGUCCGUUUCUGAUCAACGCGCGCAGGUGCGCCCACGGGGUGGGAGUCGCCGCAUCUGCGUUGCCGCUUUCUGCUUUUAUUUUAGAACUCAGUGACAGAGCAUUCAGUCAGGCCCCUCGGCAUGGAGUUCGGACCACCACGCCGCAACCAGCCCAGCCCUGUACUCUUUGACUGUGCAC